AUGACAGAAUGGAUUGCCGAUGCCGUUCAGGCCACUGAACUCCUUCAAGCAAUGUAUUUUGAUGAGUUUAGUUUUACAACCGAAUCUGACAACAAAUUAUUUGAGUAUCUCCGAGACAAAGAAACUCUUCCAGCACACAGUUCUGCUGACAAGCUUGAAUGGGAUAUUAUCGUACCUGUGCUGUCAAGUCCUAAUGUGAUCCAACUAGUUGUUCACAUUAGUAUUUCUCUUACAAGUUCAGCAAUAAAUCUCACAAUUCCUUCACUGUCAAAUCCCUGGCUUAAUCGCGAUACUCAGGAACGUCUAAGCCGUGAAGCACAAACCGCUAUUCAGCAACAUACCACCGACCCAGAUCUUGUUGAUCGUGCCUCUUGUCUAAUAGAGGUCUUGCAGCACACCAGAGAUGCUGCUGAACCCCUUGCGCUUGCACAUAUUCAAGAACUUGAUAAUUGUAAGGUUCAGGCAGAACAAGGACCAGUGAUGUUUGUACGAGAAUGGAUUUGGUUUCCAAUGAUAUACACCCGUGAAAAGAGAGGACAUAUUAUUAAAUGGGCACCGAAAUACGGAAUUACAGGGUUUUUGUGUCCUGGCAAACCCGGGGCCUUGUGCUUAGAAGGCACAGGAGAGAAUGUCACAGCUUUUAUUAACGACAUUAAGACUCUAUCCUGGGCAGACAUUCCAGCAUCACAUCGUAAGAUGACAUCUAGAUGGCAACAGAAAGUUACAUGCGAGCCAAAGGAUGAACUUGAAAAGCAGCGCUUGUUCAAGGAUAUGACUGAGGUUACAUUUGAACUUCACGGAGCAUUUGGAAAUCACAAUAAUUUGAAUAUGCUUUCCGAUUGGAUGAAGUCAAAAGGUUGCGGCGAUGCAUUCUACCAUCUGUUUGAGUAUGAAGAAUAA